GGAAGUACCCAUGCAUCGGUCUUUUUUUUUGGCAGAUGAGCUUUUCUCACUUGUAGCUCAGUGCUUACAUACUACCUUAGUCUGUGCUGCUCUGUGCAUCCAUUUAACUGACUCAGGUUUGCAGCAGAUUUACACCCAGAUUUGUACAUAAUUUUCUAGAAGCUUUGAAAGAUUAAAACCACACCGUGGGUGAAUGAAGAGCAUGGAACUGUUUUUUAUCAUUGUGCUAUUAGUAGGAGGAACUCAAGCUCUCUUUCCAGUUGAUGCAACCACAUGUGACCUCAGGACAAACACAUGUCCAUGCUCUCCUCUUCUUGAAGGAACUGUGUAUGUCCAAGUGAUGACUGAUGCUAGUGGCCGUGAAAUGAAGUGUUUGAAGAUGCUUCCCAAGGGGAACAUAACUGUGUUCAGUCUGAAGAAAGAAAAAAUAACGACAGACAAGGAAUUUUACAACAGGCUAACGUUUAUAAUCAAGAACGGGACACUCAAGAUCACAAACCUGAAGAAGAGUGAUUCAGGUCAAUACAGCAUUGAGGUCUAUAAUUCAAAUGGAUUCCAAGAGAAAAACAUUUAUUUCACCCUGGAUGUUAAAGACAACAGCAAAGUUGAAAGCAAGUUAUCACACAGUUUUCCUUACCUGAGGAUAGUCUUUGCUGCACUGGGAUCUCCCCUGAUAGCAGUGGCAUGCUGCCUUGUUUAUAGGGAACUGAAGCAUCUGAAGAAGACUUCUAACAAGGCAGCCCAUGAUCAAAAGAGCCUCAGGUGUGAAACAGAGAAUAUAAACCUUAAGUGUGAGUCUGAGCUUUAGUGAGCUGACUUCUGUCAUAACCAGGACUGGACACUGAUCAAUGAAAU